AUGGAGGGACACUUUUUGUGGCAGUUAGAUCACCAAGGAGACUCCAUUUUUGCAAGGAACCUGGUGGAAAGAGUGCCAAUAACAGAUCUGGCUUUCGUUGACCACCUUGGCUAUACAGCACUUCAUUGUGCUGUAAUUGCAGGCAAUAUUGAGGCAGCCAAGUUGCUAGUGAACAGGAACCCCAAUCUCCCUAAUAUUUGGAGCAAUCAGAUGUGGCUACCCCUCCAUCUUGCUGCUGCUGUUCCCGGCAAUCGGGAGAUGUUUCUUUAUUUACUCAAAGUUACCAAAGCAGACAUUGAGCCCAAGCCAUUUGAGGAUGACUCCGGGGUUCGACUGCUCUCUGGCCUAAUAACUAAUGAGUUUUAUGGUGAGUAUUUUUUCCACCCAGAAAACUUAAUUUCAAAUCAAACUAGCUUUCGGUAA